AGAGCAUCCUUGUUUGGACAUGCCCGAGUAAGCCGCGUUGCGCAAGCCAGCAGCUCCGUCGACGACUCCGACUACACGGGAGCCGACGCGAGCGCCGUCUUCGCGCCUAGCGGCCGCACGAGUCGACACCCCCCCCUCUCGGAGAGGGUCCUGCGGAGUGUGAUAGCGGCAAGGGAUAAGUGGCUGCGAGCCGGCUGCGUGUGGCUCAGUGGACCUUUGAAGCACCAUGCUGAUCAGGCUCCUCGCACUGUCCUGCUGGGCAGUGGCUACCUGCUACGCAGGGCCAUUGCCUCAGGAUGCCAUCUCUAGGGAUUGCAAAUCCCCGUCGCCCAUGACGUCGCAACAGACGAUACUGUACACGUACGUUGGUGAAAACCGCAUCGAAAACCAGGACGCUCAGCAUCACGUUCAAGUCAAGGCCAACGUCGAAGUCGGAGUGAUCUCACCAUGCAUCUUUUCGUUCAAGAUGGCCGACGUAGACCUGCAAGGGGUCAGCGUGGCCAACCGGUACGCCUUCAAGGAGGCCCUGGAGCGGCAUCCGCUGACCAUGUACAUCGAAGAUGGCAUCGUUGGCGAGAUUCGCCACGAUCCGGAAGAGCUGCCGUGGGCGCUGAACGUCAAGCGGGCCAUCAUAUCCAUGAUGCAGAUACCACGCGUCGCGCUGGACGCCAACAGCAUCAUCUCCGAGACUGACGUUUUUGGAACGUGCGAGACCCGCUACACGCCAGGCAACGUUGGCCGCACCGGUGGAACCGUGACCAAGUCCAAGAACCUGGCCACGUGCUUCGGUCGCUUCGGCAGCUCCUUGCCGAUCAUCUACACGCCUUACGAGUCCAAGGCAUCGCCGUUCCAGACGAUACCGAUGACGAACGGCAGCUUCAUCUGCCAGCAAACCGUGGACGCCAACCGCUGGAUCACCAAGGCCGAGUGCAAAGAGCAGGAGUUCCUUCACCUCGCCGCCAGGGGUCUCCGCGAACAAACCACGGUCACAUCCACGGGCGUUCUGAUCAUGCAGCAGAUCUUCCCGUCGGUUAAACCCGUGCCCGAGACGGUGAGCAUCAAGUCCACCAUAAAGUUCGACCACAGCGUGACCCGUGCCGAGAAGACCGAGCCGAAGGAGGUCAUCGGCCUGCUGCGCGACCUUUGCCGCAGCAGCCACGAAGACAUCCGGCCCGAGGCCAGCGGCAUCUUCGCUCGUCUGGUGGCUGCCAUCCGGGGUCUGCCACCGCCCGCUCUGAAGCAAAUCUACAGCAAGGUGUCCGCCGGGGAACUGUGCUUCGACAAGAAAAUCGAGCAUCUCUUCCUGGAUGCACUGCCUCUUGUCGGAACUGAGGCCUCCCUGAAGCUGACUGUCGAGCUGAUUAACAAGGCCGAACACGCAGACCGUUCAACGGCAUGGAUCUCUGGAAUCAGCUCCAUCAGCUACCCGACCGAAGGAAUGAUCUCCAUCCUUGUUCCUCUCGUGAAGAAGGCCAGCGCACCGCGCAGCGCCAUCCUCGCCGUGACGUCACUGGCCCACGUGUUCUGCCGCGGUUACCACGGCAACUGCGACGACGUGCCGGCGAUCCGUGAGCUGCAAGGUGCCCUUAUCAAGCAGCUCGGCUUCAAGUGCAGGGCUGACGAUGCUGCAUCGAGGAACAAGAUUAUCACGGCUCUGAAGGGAUUCGGAAACCUUGGAUACUACGGCGAAGGCAUCAACACCAUCAUCGAGUGCGCCAUCUCAGGGAACAGUCCCCUGCCCAUCCGGAUCGCAGCCAUCCAGGCAACCAGAAGGGCCUGUGCCCCAGAGAUGCAUUCCAAGCUCUCGGAGCUGAUGAAGACCCCUAGUGAGGACAUCGAAAUCAGGAUCGCUGCUUACCUCGGUAUCAUGAGAUGCCCCACGAUGAAAGAUGUAAUGGACGUCAAGAAAAUGCUCGAGAAGGAGGAGAUCAAUCAGGUGGGCUCGUUCAUCUGGUCGCACUUGAAGAACCUCCAGAACACGGAGUCGCCCACCAAGAUGGCGCUGCGUUCCCUGGUCUCCGGCAUUUACGUGCCCGGCAAGUUCGACAGCGACGCGCGCAAAUCCUCGCAGAACAUCGAGUGGUCCGAGCUGUCCGAGAAGUACAACGUCGGUGGCACCGCCGAGGGCAACAUCGUUUACAGCCCCAAGUCCUUCAUUCCGCGGUCCAUCGACCUCAACCUGACCGUGGACCUUUUCUCGCAUUCCAUCAACAUCUUUGAGGUUGGCGGUCGCGCAGAGGGAUACGACUACAUGCUGGAGAGCCUCCUUGCGCCCAAAUCGCAACUGAGGAGGACCAACGAAGUCGAUUCCUUCUGGAACCGCAUUGGAGACAACCUGAGCCGAUCUCGCCGCGCUGCCUCGGCUAAGAACACCAAGGUCGACAUCUUCGACGACAAGGUCAACAUCGUGAAGGCGAACGAACCGAGCGGUUCGCUCUACUUCCGCAUGUUCGGCAACGAACUCUCCUGGUUCGAACUGCCCACCAUGGACGACAUCGCAAACUUCGCCAACGGCGUACGAACAAACAGCUGGCUGGACCAGAUCAUGAGCAAGAAACAGAACGACAUCGCCCGCAGUGCCAUGCUUGUCGACACCACGGUGACUGUGCCCACCGUCACCGGCUUCCCCUUCAGAAUUGACCUGAAGGCAACCGUCACAGGCGGUCUCAAGACCGAUGGCCAGAUAAACCUCGCCAACGCUCCUGGAGAUAUGCUCAUCGAGGGUUUCAUCAAGCCAAGUGCAUCAGUCGACAUGAGCGGCCUGAUGUCAAUCGACGCCGGCGUUGCCAAGCGUGGCAUUCGAGUCUCGUCAACCAUGCACACUUCCACCGCGCUUGACGGCAAGAUCGAGAUCAAGUCUACCGGAGAGAUGAACUUCAAGUACAACAUUCGCAACGACAAGCAGGAGAUCCUUAACAUGAAGACCGAUAUCUACUCCGUGGAGGCCGAGACGGAAACUCCCCUGAUGGCUCCGUCUGUCAAGGAGUUCAACGGCUGCACCCAGACCCUGUCCAAGGCUCUGGGCCUGAGCAUCUGCGCGAAGGGCAAGGUGCCCAAGCCGUUCUUCAACUACCGCGGACUCAACCUCCCCUUCGACUUCAGCAUCAUCCUGCAGAAGAACGACCUCGCCAUGGAAGGAUACGAGAUCAAGAUGAAGUACCCCAUGGACACUUCGAGCCCUAACCUAUUCUACCAGUUCAUCUUCGACACCCCCGGCUCCGCGAUCCAGCGCAAGCACCUCAUCGAACUCGCCAUCAACAAACCAUUCAAUGGCGAGAACACCAUGCAUUUCCUGUACCACUGCCCGAUGAAGAAGAUUGAAGUGUCGACGUCGCUGAAGACGCAAAGCAGCCCGGCUCACGCGAUGCUGGAGGCGAAGGUCGACGACACCCGUCGCUACUUCAUCAGGCUGGACGUGCCUUACGGUGACAGCCUCGACACCGUGUACUUCGAGCCUAGGCUCGAGAUGAGCUGCCCCGCGACGGCGCCGGUCAUAGUGCAGGGCAGGAUCGACGGAAGCCCCUCAGCGUUCUCCGUGAACCUCCAGUCCAACAUGCCAGCCGAGAAGCCAACCUUCUUGAGAGCUUCCGUUUCCGUGGAUGAUAAGAAGAUGCAGGCGGAUCUUGCCGCGAGCCUACCGUUCGUUGAGAUCAACUUCAAUUCGCUAUCGACCAAGCCUCAGGAGGGUACAGUCGUGACGUCCGCCACGCUGGAGUACCAGCGGCGCGGACAGCGGAAGCAAACCGCGAAGCUGGACGCCAAGACGAAGGACCUGAGCACCAAGCACAUCUCCAAGAGCGCCAUCAACGCUGAGAUGCAGUUCAGCGAGUAUCCCGAGUACAACUGGAAGGUGACCACCGACUUCCAGAAAGCUCCAGGAGCUCAGCACAAUGAACACGACAUCAAGCUCUGGUGGGGCGAAAACCUCGACGAGGACCAGCGACACAUCCAUGUGCUGACCAUCUCUAAGCAGAACGGCGAGUACAGGCAGGGAAGCAAGGCAAGCAGCGAGGGUCGGCUCGUCAUCUACGCUCCCGUGUGGGACAUUGACUUCAACGGAUUCUUCAACGCUAUGCUAGACCUACAGGACGCCUCCAAGGGUACCUUCAACGGUGAGGUCCAGAGCCACGGCGAGCGAGUGAUGCUCGAGAUGAACCACAACCUCGAGUCACGCUCCCCGCUGCGACUCCUCGUGAGCACUCGCGUCGAGACGCGUCACUUCCGCUUCCUCUACUCGGACCAGGUGGAAGAGCGAAACCCCAACCAGUACGUGGGACGCACCAACGUCGAGUGGGGACGCGAGGGCAAGAGCAUCGCCACCGAGUACGUGAUCAUCAGCCGCCGCGGAGCCGACGGAAGCCUGCACGACAUCGAGUACAAGCUCAGCUACCCUGGUAUGAGGACGCCGGCCGUGCACAGGACCAAGAUCAGGACGGCCCGCGGCACCCUGGACGCCACGUCUUCGACCGAGGUCAACGGCCAGAACUUCCUCAGCAUCUCGAUUCAGAACACGAACAAGCUCAAGGAGUUCCGCUUCGACAGCACCAUGCUGAAAGUCAAGCUCUCCAAGGCCUCCAAGGCCCAGAGCGCCAUUUACGCCGCCGAGCUGAGACCUCUCUUCGCGAUGAUCAACGCCUUCGUGGCGACGAUGCAGGUCAAGGGAGUUCCCGGGAACAGCAUGGAAGUCCAGGCCGAGUUCCUCUGGGACGCGGACCGGUACCCGGACAGGAGGAUACGCUUGAGCACUAACAACAUUAAGACCGUGACCGACGGGCGGCCCGGAUCCCGUUACAGCGCCACGUUCCAGUACGGCAACGACCUGAGCAUCACCGCUAGUGGUAUCUACAGCGACGAUAUCGCUCGGGGUCCUCACUCUAUCGAAUUCGGCGUCGGUGGCACUGACGUGACACCUAGGACGGUCUCCCUGUCGUACACCCGUCUCGAGACGUCGGCGAACGUCAUGUUCGGCUACACCCUGGGCGGAGCCGAUCAGAUCAGGAUCGAGUACAACCGGAACGAGGACCGGGGCAUGCAGCAGUUCGACCUGAGCGCCACCUCGAUCUAUCCCGAACUGAACGGGAAACGUCUGAACAUCGUGCGCAGCUUAGAGGGGCCCACUUCUAUCAAGAUUCAGUACGAGCACGCGGCGAACGAGAUCUACGUCCUGGAGCUCACCGACUCGUCGGGAGGCAACCGCGUCAACUCAAACCUGAAGAUUCGCACUCCUUUCCCGCGCUACGCCUCGCAAGAGUUCAAGAUUUCCGGCGAUUACUCUACCGCUGUGACGAACAUCAUCGUCGAGGCCAUCUCGUCGUCGAACAAGAUGUACCGUUUCAUCUUCAACUACGAGCUCACUGGCAACACCGCACUCGCGUCUACGCUCGCUCUGGAGACCCCGCACGACGACAUCCGUAACGCAAAGCUGAGUCUCAGGAUCACCCACAACCAGGCUACUAUGGACGGUCAGCUCUUGGCCGAAGUCAACGACCGCGUCAUGUUCAACCUCGCGGGCAACGUCCGCACGCUGUCUCCGCACAACUUCGACGGCAGGAUCUCGCUCAAAUCAUCCGCCACGGAAGACAUCGAAGCCAUCGUCUACAGCCGCGCGAACUCGACUUUCAACAGGGUCUUCGAGCUGAAGCUCAUCGAAACGGGCGUGGAGGCGAUCGUCGCGUCGCUGGUUCUGAAGAACGUGCCUUACGAAUUCACGGGCAGGCUCGACCUCUCCGGCUCCAAGUUGCAGCAACAGUUCUUCCAAGUGGAGUGGAAGAGGCCCGCGAGGGAACACGACAUAUACUCCCUGAUCGCCGGUCGCCAGCACCCUCACACCACUUUCAUCGUUGACACCGUGAAGCAAAACGACGUGCGCACCACCGCGAUCAAGUACCAACCGCAAGGGAGGCCCGAAGACUGGGCCUCGAUUACGAUCGAGAACAACGACUGGCACAAGGAACACGAGAAGCUGAUCGUCACCGUCGAACCGAAGGCCAACAUCAAGACCACGUUCGACUUCCUGUACCUCAUCUCCAAGGACACCGUCAAGAGCAAGUUCAUCUGGACGCUGGACGACAUCAAGCUCGGCUACGACCUCAAGAGCAGGGCCGACGGCGAGCACGCCUACAACUCGCUGCUCAAGAUCCUCUACCUGAGGCGCGAGAUCGACGUGCAUAACCGCUACGCGCUCACGCCCGACUCCCUGGAGAUGUCCACCAAGGUUCUGCUGAACGCCGUAAUGAUGCCUGACCGCGCCCUGGAGAUGUCCUACAGGCACAACAGGAUCCAGAACGGCUGGGAGGCCACAGCGAUCCUCAGGCACCCCACGUUCUCUAAGGACAUCAUCUUCAGCGGCCAGAUUCAAAGGGACGUCUCUGAGUCCACUCCUCUGCUCGUGUCCGCCCAGCUCCAGCCUGGUGAUGCCUCGAACAGAAUCUACUUCAACCUCGCCGAGAAGUUGAACGAGAUCACGGCGACCAACAAAUCGGUUCACAUUCACAUCCACCACGAAGAUCGCAGCCUGUUCGAUAUGAGCCUGACGACGUACCGCACUAUCACCGCUGAGGGCCCCAUCUUCGGCGGCUACUACUGGUCGUGGACCACUCAGAGGCAGGGACCCAAGCGAGGACACGCCACGCUGUUCGUCGGCCGCAACGGAGUCGCGCGAUUCGAUUACGACUCUAUUCUGGGCAAGUGGACCGCGUCCGGCCAGUCCCAGAGGGCGUCCAACGGCGACGAGACGGUGGACAUUGUGGUACAAGGCGAGCGCGAGCAGUUCAGCGGACGCAUUAUCUACAACCUGAGGAGGUACCGCUUCGAAGGCCUCACUUUCGACGGCCAAGGCAAGACGUCCAGGAGCCUGGAAAUAUCCGCUUCUAACUCGACCCGAAAUGCGGCGUUCAAGGUGGAGUUGAGUCACUUCGAGGACAACAACAAGAUGACCGACUUCAGCUACGCAUUCGAGAAGCGCGGUGACAAGGCCUUCAGGAGCAAGCUGUUCUUCCCACCGGAGAAGAUGAGGGCCAUCCAGAUGGCAGUCAACGAGGUCGGAGAAAAGAUAUCCGACAUCGACAUCUCGAAGUUCGCUGACGACGUCGUUCACAUGGCCGAGGACUCCGGCAACUACCUUGACAGGAACUUCGCCUCACCAUUCAUCAACAUGCUGCUGGACGAAUUCGGCGAGAUCAUGGGCGAAGCCGUGAUCGCACUCAGCGACAUCCUCUACGAGAGUCCGUUCGGAGAGCUCAUCGCCCACUGGCAACGCUGGUUCGACACCAUCCUGAGGACACUGGCCGAAGAGAUCAAGAGCUUCAUCGUGGAGUUCGCCCGGUCCGUGCAGUCGGCCGCCUCCCUCGGCGGUCAGAGGAGGCAUCGCCGCGACGUGUCCCAGCGGUGGGACGAGCUGGGCGACUACGUGUCCCGCAUGUGGGAGGACAUGUGGAACGCGCCCGUGGUGCGCCAGGUCGUGCGGAAGGUCGACGACGCGGCUGACUACGUGACGGACAAGUUCCGCGAGAUGAUGUACCGCAUAAGGAGGACCAUCGGCGACGCCGUGGACUCCAUCAAGGAGAACCCCGACUACCGGGCGCUGGAGUCGACCAUCACCGAGCUCUACGAACCGGGAAUGUACCAAGGAAACACCGAGUUCUGGAAGAACCUCCAGGCUAGCCUACAGAACACGUACAAGACUAGCGACGUGGCCGUCGUGCGCGAGGCCGACCGCAAGAACGGCAAGUACAUUGUGGACUUCAACCUGCCGGCCGACCUGGACUCCAUCCGCCAGAGCUGGCACGAGUGGCUGGCCGAGGACGACGCGAUCGAGAGGCGACCGAGGCAGAGCACGGACGCCGAGCCCGACAUGGUCGACUACCUCAGCUCCAUGUUCCAGCGCAAAUGGAUGCCGCCCUUCGACGGCCAGGCCAUGAUCAUCGGACAUCAACACUUCGUGACCUUUGACGGCACCAUCUACUCAGCUACCGGCGACUGCACCUACCUGCUGGCGAGGGACUUCGUUGACGGAAACUUCACCGUGCUCCUCAAGUAUCACCCGGAGGACCCCAGCGUUCAGGGUCGCUUACCGAAGUCUAUCAUCGUCCAGCUUGGGCAAAGCUACAUUGAGAUCUUCCCCAACGAUGGAUCUAUGUUCCUGAACGGUCAAGCCGUCGAACUCCCGCUCAUCCUCGAGGGAGGCGAGGUGAUCGCCCGCCGCGUGGGCGACGUCAUCACCGUCGAGGACGAGAAGGCGCUGCGCGUCUCCUGCCACCUAUACUACGACGUCUGCACCGUCAAAAUCAACGGCUGGUACUUCGGCAACACCGCGGGCCUGUUGGGAACCUACAACAACGAGCGGGGCGACGACCUCAUGAAGCCCAAGGGACAGGUGACGAGCAACGUGGCGCAGUUCGUGAAAAAAUGGGAGACCAGCCGCGGCUGCAAGGGACCCGUGAGCGUGCUAAACGAGCAGGUGGCCGCCGACUCCGAGGGUUACAAACUGUGCGAGAACUACUUCAAGGACGACGACUCGCCCCUCGCCGAUGGCUUCUGGCAGGAGUCGCCCGAGCCGUACUUCGACCUGUGCCUCCGCCACAUGGCUACGCCGCGCAUUGAUCCGCGCCAGGCAAUCUGCAACAUCUCCAUGGCUUACAUGCUCCAGCUGGAGAAGUACUCGAUCAGCGCGAACCUUCCGUCAGAAUGCUACACGUGUUCGCUACCCGGAGGUGAUACGCUCAAGUUCGGCGACUAUCGCACCAUGAGCAGCGGUGGGCAGCGGCAGCCAACGAGCAUGGACAUCGUGCUGGUCGUCGAGGAGGACGCCUGUCACGCAGACGUUGUGCGCGAGCUGGACAACACCAUGAGGAUCGUCGACAAGGAACUGCUCAGCGCUGGAUUCCAGCACAACAGGUUCGCCCUGGUCGGCUUCGGCCACGGCAGCGGACACAACAGCCAGCCCCACGUGCGCACCGCCCGCGGCAGCAUCUUCUUCGUGUCGUCCAACCUGCCGCUGGCCACGCAGAAGAUGCGCCUCGACGCACCCGCGACCUCUGACGGCCGCCCGGUGAACAAGGACGUGUUCGACGCCAUCCGGUACGCGUCGCUGCUGCCGUUCCGCCCCAACGUCGCCAAGGCCAUCAUCGUCGUCGCCUGCGCAGAUUGCAAGGAGGAACAGAGCGAGCUGUCGUACUCGGACAUCCAGACACAGCUUCUCGACCACGGAAUCACACUUCACUUCGUUUCUGACAAGCGCAUUGAAGUCCGUAAGAGCAUCAUCAAGGGCAAGGGCAUCUACGGUUUGGACGCCGACUCUGUGUACAGCAGCAAGGACGUGAGUCAGAAGAUGCUCCUGGGCCAGCCCGACCUGCGACCGCAGGUGGCGGUGGCCAAGGACAUCUGCAUCGCGCUCGCCCAGGAGGUGCACGGCAGCUUCUUCAGCUCGGCCAUGCUGCGCUCGGACGCCAAGAACUGGAAGACGGUGUUCGCGCGCCGCGUCACCAAGGCCCUGAAGCCCGCCAAGCAGUUCGGAGGAGCGGAGGACUACUGCGAGCGAUGCGAGUGCACACACGGCUCGGACGUCCGGCCACAGGUCGUGUGCCGGCCGUGCAGGCCACUGCCAGCCAAGGUGCCGCUCGCGCUGUACACAGCAGAAGACUGAACAUUCACAUCGCAUUUACUUCGAGGUCAUUAGGGAGGGAUGACCGAAAUCAGCAUUUUUUUCGCAGUUAAUAAAGUGUAUAGGGAUGUUUUUAAAA